AUGGCUCCCGCUGGUACUCAAUCCCCUUCCUCCGAAAAGCCAGACCCUUUGGUACCCGGAGGUGGUAAACAGAUGACUCAAGCUGAUCAACGACCUGAGGCUUCUGGUCAAAAUCCCGGCCCUGCUCCUGGCGAACAAUCUUCUGGAGGUGUUUCUGCUGAAGCCUUGAAAACCGCCCAACAAUCCGCCACCGCUGUUGAAGCUGAAUCUCGAAAGGAUGUUGAGACUGCUUAA